AGAUUGGCAAUGGCAGAUGAAAAUGAGAGGAAUGGCAUCGCAACAUUUUUUAGGUAUGCUCAAAAUGGGCAUUUCAACAAAUGUGAAAGCCUCCUAAACAAGAAUCCGAACUUGUUAAUUGAAAAGAACAGAAAACGCGAAGAAACACUUCUACAUGUGGUAGCAAGAUAUUUGGAGGACGAAAGGAUUGUUCGUAUGCUACUUUGCCGCCAAGAAGUAGACGUAAAUGCACGUGAUUAUUGGGGUCAGACACCACUGCAUCUUGCCACCCGUGUACGAAACAUAUCCUUAAUAACAUGUCUACUAAAAUCAAGAAAAAUAGAUGUCAACAUCAAGGAUGCAAAUGGUUACAAUCCUCUACAUGUGCUCGUACUUUCAAAACAUGAGCUGGAUGAGAGCUUCUAUGAUACUGAUGAAAUCAGUGACAGCUGGAAAGAAGGAAUUCAGCUUCUUGUUGACGCAAAUGUAGACAUUAAUUCAAGAACAAAUAAUGGGCAAAACAUCCUGCAUCUUGCUGCAUCUAAAACUUGUGCAGAAAGAUUUGUCGUGUAUAUUCUUCAACAUUAUUCUGUUGUAGAAUGGUCAGCGACGAACGCGUCAGGGGAGAAUUUUCUACAUGUUUUGUUUGGUAACAUAAGCGACGAGUAUGAAGUUUUGGAGAAUAUUUUACCAAACCUCGGCACAUACUUAGGUAAUAAAACAGUUUUAAAGAACAUGCUUAACCAGAAAGACGUUCUUGGAGUACCACCGUGGUUUACUUUGAUUCAUACUCUAAAGUACUUUAUUGAAAAAGAUACUGAUUGCCUGGAAACGAUUUUCACACAAUACAAAGCUUCUAUUAAUGCAACAGAUAAUUUGGGAAACACAAUUCUUCAUAGACUUGUUGGAAGUUUCGGCGCCAGUUUGGUUUGCAAAACUAUUAUCUCUCUGCUCAAACAUAAUCUUGACGUUAACGCAAGGAAUGUUUUUGGCGAGGCAGCUAUUUCUGAAUUACAUAUGGACGCAGUGUUUGAAAUACUUAAGCUGCAAAAUUGUGACUUUAAAAGUAGGAACAGAUGGGGAAGAAUCCCAUUUCAGUGUAUUAUUAAUCUACAUCCUAUGCCAAAUUUCAUUGAAAGAAUGUUAAGAGAGAACUGUUUUGAGCUGGAUUCUCAAGAUAUUUAUGGAUCUACAGCUUUGCAUUUUGCUGCGUACAAUGGCUAUGAAGAGCAAGUCGAGCUGCUUUUAAAAUACGGUGCAAACGUAGACUUGGUUGAUAGCUUGAAUGAUACACCCUUUGAAACCGCAAAACGUCAUGGAAAUUUCAAAUGCAUGAAACUUAUUUUCGAUACUGCAAACCUAUAUGAAAGAGAAAAGAAGGAGACUUUUCAACUUUAUAAAGCCUCGGAAGAAAUUACCCUCACAACAUUGUUAAAAAAUCAAAAUUUAAGAGGAAACUUGCAAAAUUUUCCUAAAGAUUUUAAACAAUAUUGCGAAUAUUUGCUUAAAGCCAGGCGCACAUACACACUUGCUAGGCCGUCUGAGGAACAUGCACAGGACAACGACGUCAUUACCGCAGUUCGGCACCAUAUCGAACAAAUUUGUCAAUAUGUCAACGAGUACGAUUCUAGGUUUCAAAUGACCAUAUUUCCUACAGGAAGUACAGUAGAAGGCACGAAGGUUGGCCGUCCUGAUGAAUUCGACUUCGUUUUAUGCCUCCAAAGACUAAGCAGAUAUUGUGUGAUUCAAUCAACAGAGCCAUAUCACCCAGGGUAUGCUCUUUUGAAAUUCAAAAAUAAACCAGUUCCAGAAGGAUUUUUGUCAUUCUCUGAUUCAGAAGGGUACUUCCAAGCUCUUCCUUUUCUGAAUUACCUCUUCAAAUACAUAAAGAGAGCCCUGAAGGAGAGGAAAUUGUGGGAAAAGGGAAAUCUUUAUUACCGGUAUGAGGAUAACCUACAUGUUAUUUCAGGAAAACCGGUGUUCAACUUUCAAAUAUAUUGGAUAGGAUCAAAGCACAAGCAGAUAGCUCUCAGCAUAGAUCUUGUUCCUGGUGUCUACAAGCGAGGAUGGUGGCCGAAGAAAGCCUGUCCGGAGACUAUGAAACUUGUCUCUGACCGCGUAAUAGAUGAGGGAUGCUUCUUACUGCUACAAACCAAGAACAAUGAUUUUAACGAUAAGUGGUAUUACAUGAAUGAUGUCAUAAAUGACAGUGUUGGUAGCACGCAAGACGUAUGUCAGGAUACUCAUGGAAACAAGAUGUUACGCGUUUCAGUUGCACCUGCCGAAAUUUCUCUGAUGAAAUCUCUACCAGAGAUUUACCGCCGAGCCUAUGCACUUGCAAAGAUUGUGAAAAGUCCCGAAAUUUGUCCCUCUGUCCACAUCGACAGGCCUCCAUUGUCAAACAAAUACAAGUAGUUUGAAAAGGCCAAAAAUCAGAGAGUGCAUCCAUCCAAUGACAUAAAAAGUUACUGGCUGAAGAAUUGCACAUUUCUCGUGGCUGACGACUUGGGAUUUGAUAUUUCCGAAACAACAACUCCUUUGGAAAUUACUACUUUGAUAUACAAAAAGUUAGCUGAAUUGUCAAAGGCAUGGUCUCUGAAACCUUAUUUGUUACCACACGUACAUCUGCUAGAGUAUGGCCCAGAGGUUAGCUAUUCAAUAAGGUCAAAAUACACCAUACUGUUAAAGCGUAAGGUCUGUCUAGAUGUUGUCCUGGGAAUACUAGGUGAACCAUUACCGCAACAAGAAAAUGAUUAUGGAAAAUGGGUUGACGAGAGUUUACAGCUAGAAGAAAGAAUUAAACAAUUUCGUCUUUAAAGCCCCAUUUCCAAUUGGUUAUUUUCAUUUAGAGUGAAAUAAUGUUUGUUUCCCAAAAUUUGACUUAGAAACUAAAACAUUUGUAUAUGAAGAUUGACAUACAAAUGAUCGAGUGACAAUCGAUUGAUAAAUAGAAGAAAACCCUUUUUAGUAAGAUUUACAAAUAUCGUCUGCCUACAAUGCCAAUAGGGUUAUGAAUUUAUUUAUUUGGGAUUUAGCAAAGAUGCAUAAAAAUGUCACUUGUUUUUAAAUCCCUCUUUAGUAAUAUAAGAAUAUUUUGUUUUUCUAACAGUUAAUUACUACAGUGCCUCAGCACAUGGUGAAUGCAAUCGAAGGUAAAAUGUAAAUAAACAUUUGUAUGCACGCCUUUUUUUCGUAAUUGUAAUUUUGAUUUCAAUCAAAUGAAUCCUUUUUUAAAUGCCUUGAACGAAAUGUAUUUUUUUAUUUACCGUGCAUAAUUUAUAAAAAUGUCACUAUGGCAACAUGACAUGUAAACAGUGGUUUCAUUUUAUUAGUUCUCUGAAAACAUCUGAAAUAAUUUGUUUGCGUUUUGAUAUUUAGAAGUUAAAGUUUAAUGCUCAGUUAAAAGAUUUCUUUAACUGAGCAGGGAGAACAUAGACUCAUUUUUAAGGUGUUGCUACUUAAUACAUUUUUGAAAUAAUUAUAACAGACAAAGACAUCGUAUACAAUCAUCUUUACUAAUAAAUAUUAGCCAAUAAAUCAGACCAUUACUAAAUAAAUAAUAAUUCGUA